AUGGAGUUCACCGCUGUGAUAUUUUGUGGCCGAGGUAAAUCACUUGAGCCGUUUUCGGAGUCGCGAAGCACGGGGUUACCGAAGCCUCUAUUGCCCAUUGCCAAUCGGCCAAUGAUUAGUUAUGUUCUCGACUGGUGUUUCGAUGCUGUUUUGUCAAAGAUAGUAGUCAUCACGCAAGUGGAAACGAGUGAAGCAGUAAUGGCUGCAAUCGAGAAGUAUAAGAAAGAGAGACGCGAGCUACUUGCGACGUCAAGCGAUAUACCAGAGGCUAGUUUUGCAACCCCCAUCGAAAUAAUGCCAUUCACUGCGGAAAACAGUGCUGAAAUCAUCUACCAUCUAUACAAGAACUCAAAAUUCAGAUUACAGGAUCUUAUAUUUUUGCCGUGUGACUUCCUCUCGGAUUUGCCCCCAUCGGUGAUUAUUGAAGCGUUUAGAAAUAGAAAUGAGACCGAUUUAGGAGUUUACAUUGCAUACAAAAAUCAAUUGGACAUUGAGGAUAAGAAACUGAAAAUUUUCAGCAAAAAAUACACAGUAUAUGCUGGCGAUGCAGAUGAUGAUUCAAAGUUACUUGACGUGUACGGCAAAGCGGAUAUCGAGAUGUCUAAAAUGUUGCAUAUAAGAACCCAAAUGUGCUGGAGGUACCCGAAGUCUAUUGUCAGCACAAAAUUACUAAACAGUGGAAUAUUUGUAGCCUCCAAAGAGAUAUUCAAUGUGAUCGAGGAGGCGUCAACAAAAUUCAAUGAACUGUACUUUGAAAAAAGAAACUAUGACAAAUUCAUUCGCGAUUUGGCAAGAAGAUCGUGGAAACACUCAGCUACAAAGGCAACAGUUGGUCUUUUUGUAGUUCCAAGCGAGGCUACAUUCUUUAGGGUCAAUAACCUACCGGUAUUGAUGGAGGCAAAUAGACAUUUUAUGAAACAUCAAGCGAUGAAAAAGGGUCAGUCGCAACAAGGUGCACAACAGAAAGACAAACUUGCUGCUCAUGUCGGGAAUGAUUCAAUAGUUGGUGAGAAUACUGAAUUGGGCGAAAAGACCAAUGUGAAGCGCAGUGUGGUGGGUCAUAACUGUAAAAUUGGGAAAAAGGUUAGAAUCACUGGGUGUUUGAUUUUUGAUAACGUAGUUGUUGGUGAUGACGUUCAAUUAGAAAAUUGUAUCAUUGGACAUCACGCAAAAAUUCCCUCAAAAUCAAAGUUGAUCAAUUGUAAUGUUGAAUCUACAAAUGAAGUUACAACAGGAACUCAAGCUAAAGGUGACACGUUACUCUGCAUGAGUUUAGAAGCUGUAGAGGAUGGUGAAAGCGAGGAUGAAUUUGUAUUGAAAACUGGCCCACUCAGUGAUUCUAGUUCUGAAGAUGAUGACGAUGAAGAUGAUGAGAGCGAAGAUGAAAGCGAAUUUGAAGAUGAAUACACUGGUAAUGAGGAUGGAUUGUUUGCAUAUUGA